GCGUUUGCUUAUCCACCGCCAAGGUGCAGAUCGGACCAAGAGAGCGAACUGGUGCCUGUACCGAAGCAUCGACACGUUGGGUUUGUCGCUGAACCUAUCCGUUUUGGAGAGUCAAGGGUGCGUUGUGGAAGAGUCCAAGCCUCUCUUCUUGUACGAUACUUGCUAGCUAGCUAGUCGUGAUCCCGUCUGCUUGGUGAAGACUGCAUUGAAAGAAGGAAGCCGCACCUUCAUAAAACAGAACAAGAGCCACCACUCCAAUUUUUUGAAUACAGUGACAAUGCUUUCAUCACCACAACCGAGAAGAGUUCCACGCUGGCUGCUGUGUCUACUGGUUUUUGUGUUUCUCUGCUGCUGCGCCAAUGGUCAAAACAACGAUACUUCCCCGGCAUGUCCAAUCUACCGCGAGUUUGAUGUGGAGAAUCCCAGGUCUCCUCAGUACAAUGCACCGGAUGGAUGUCGCUGCGUGGACGGCAUGUCCGACUUGAAUUGUGGCUACUGCGAGUCGGAUGAAGCUUGUCAGCAAGUCGACAGCAGUCGCGUCUGUCGCUCUGGAUUGGACUUUGUCUCUGGGGAUGUCUACAAAGCCUUUCAAUGUCGACUCUAUGGGACUCUAGAGAGUUUCUUUACCAAUGGAAAAAUAUCCGUCUAUGCCGAUGUGCCUACCAAAUCCAUACAUAUGAGCGUCUACAAUACAGAAACCAUCAAUGAUGCGCAUUCCAUCAAUUGUCACAUCAGCGGAUGCAACUUUGUCACGGGAAGCAACCAGGUUAAAUGUGAAUUGGCUGUCUGCAACUGUACAGACGAAUGUGCCUCUGUCACCAAAAGCGUGGUGGAAGGAAUGAUCUCGGGCAACCCAGCCGAAGUGAUUACAACAGCCAGCGAAAAUGGAUACGAUUCGCACAUUGGCAUCAAGAUUGAGGGAGCCCCGUUUGAUAUUGAGGCACUCUGCAAUGCCACUGCCUGUGUGCCCGAUCCAGAUAAUGCACCACUGGAUGAAACAGCAGUCGUAGCAACCCCAAUCAGCAAUACUAAUGUCGAUACGACGGAACACGCGCCAAGUGAAUGGAAAUCCAGUGCCACCUUUUCCCUCAUUGUCCUUUCCAUUCUCUUUGGCAUGGCACUGCUGCUAUCCAUCUGCAUCUUUCUGCCAAUUAUCGCGACAUGGUGGAAAACACGCGGCAAUUCACAUCAAAACUUUCGUCGGUUCAGCAGCAAUCAACUGUCGUACGAUGAAUAUCAGCAUUCAUCAUCACAACCCAAACACAUUUUGGAAUUCCAAGACAUUCAUCGCGUCAUGCCUCUCAAAGGCGCUGCUGCCAAAGCCUUUGGACAAAAGGAAAAGACCAUUUUACACAAGAUUUCGGGUAGAGUCGAAUCUGGGACGUUGAUGGGAAUCAUGGGACCAAGUGGGGCAGGGAAGAGCAGUCUACUCAACAUCUUGGCCGCUGUGGACAAUGGCCAAGCGAAAAACUCGGGUCAAGUACUUCUCAAUGGAAAGAUGCAAACACAAGGAUAUCGACGAAAGGUGGCAUAUGUACAGCAGGACGACACUUUGUAUGGGACUCUGACGGUACAAGAAUGUAUCGAAUACUCGGCCAUGCUGAGACUCCCAAAAUCCAUGAACCUUACGGAAAAGCAUAAUCAAGUAUGGAAGACACUGCAAGAAUUGCGUCUGACCGACAUUGCCACGAAUCGCAUCGGGACGGGUGGCGCCAAUGCGGGUGUAUCCGGUGGAGAACGCAAACGGGUGUCUAUUGGGAUGGAACUUGUGGCUCAUCCUGCCGUAUUAUUCCUGGACGAGCCGAGUAGUGGGCUGGACUCGUAUGCGGCAAAUCAAAUCAUGAACGUAUUGCACGAGCUGGCCACUCGAAAUCGAAUCGUCGUUCUAUCGAUACACCAACCCUCCAUGAAAUCCUUCCUGACCAUGGAUCAGAUCUUACUCUUGGGAUCGGGCAAAGUCAUGUACAAUGGAAAACCCUCCCAAGUUGGGCGGUAUUUGGAAGAACGCGGCUUUCCCUGCCCGGAAUUGGAAACGGUGGCCGAUCACAUGCUCGAUGUGGUUUCGAACAAGGCCAAUCAUUCUAUUCUCAGAAGUCCCGCGGCUUAUAAUAAUAGUCCUCACUCCAAACUACCUGCUUCGCCGCGGUUUCACGACGAGGGGGCGGGCGAUGGCCGACCUGUUGUGGAGGACCCCUUUCCGCGACCAAUGCCAGCGGAACCAAGCUCCAUAGUCAAUGAAAUGAUGGUUUUGUUUGGUCGCACCAGCAAGGACAUCAUCCGAAACAGAGAACUGUUCUUGAUGCAACUUUGCCUUUGUACGAUACUCGCAUGCUUUGUCGGUGCUAUUUUCAAUGGUGUAUCCAACGACCUGGCGGGAUUCCAAAAUCGUAUGGGGGCGUUUUACUUUUCGUUGUCAUUUUUUGGCUUUGCAUCAUUCAGUUCAAUGGAUGUUUUUGUGAAGGAAAGACAUAUAUUCAUGAGAGAAACUGGUUCGAAGUACUUUAGGGUGUUCUCGUACUUUUUGACCAAGACUGUACUGGACACGUUCGUGCUGAGAAUCAUUCCCGCAACCGUCUUUGUUGUCAUAUUCUACUGGUUGAUGGGUCUAAAGAGUGAACCAGAAGCUUUCGUGGUGUUCUGGGCUACGGUGGUCCUCUUCAACGUUUGCGCCGGCAUCAUGAGCAUCUGUAUAUCGAUUGCUACUCCAACAGUGGGCCAAGCAAACUUGAUUGCAUCUGUUUGGUUUUUGAUCAUGCUUCUCUUUGGUGGAUUUCUGGUGAAUGUGCAGACCAUGGAUGCUUGGUUUGCUUGGCUCAGAUACCUGUCCAUCUUCUACUAUGCUUUUGAGAUCCUGAUGACCAAUGAGCUGGAUGGGCUCCUUCUGAGCUUUGAUGCACCGGGAUAUCCUUCUAUUCCCGUGCAAGGGGAAGUGUUCCUUGCAACAAUCGGGAUGAAGGUGGAAAAUCAAACAAGGGAUUUGAUAUAUAUGUGCUCUCUUGCAUUUGGCUUCAGCAUUGUAGCAUACAUGCUUCUGCUCCUUCGAGUUCCAAUCAGUGCGGGCACACAUUUCCGCCGAAUGCAGAAUGAAACUGAACGGCUGUCUCGAUCGUUGGACAAAUUGGAAACCGUGCAUAUUGAUGGGGACGAGGAGAUGGAAGACACUGGUUCUGAUCCACCGACACCCCCUCACAUUGCUGUGACCAAUCUGCAUGCAGGCUCUGCAAAGAACUACUGGUUGGAUUUGGGCAUUAGCAGAUCACGAAGCACAGGGUCUCCUAGUCCGAGAAGCGGAGUUUUUCAAUAGAUCAGAUCAAAACAAUGCCACAUGGGCCCUUUGCAUAAAGCACAAUGGCUGGUGUUACAUAGUGUGCAUUAUAUUUUUGUAUUGUUUCAAAGUUUUCAUCAGCCUACAACAAGGAGAAGCUGUAAUGGGUUUGUAGACGC